AUUGCAACUUUGCAGACAAGGCAGGCAUUGCAAUGGCCUCAGAGGAAAGAGCUUUUGUGCUGCCGUUUCAGGAUCUGGUGAACUUUGAGGAGGUGGCUGUGUAUUUCACCUACAGGGAGUGGGUUCUCCUGGAUCAAGGCCAAAGAGCUCUGUACGAGGAGGUCAUGUUGGAAAAUUACCAGAAUUUGGCUUUUCUAGAAAUGCCCAAACCUGACCUCAUCUCCCGGCUGGAAGAUGGAGAAGAUCCAUUUGUCCGUGGUUCUGAGGAAGAGGAGACAUCAACAGCAGGUGCUGCACAAGACAAUGAGAAUUAUGGGAAGCCACCUGAGAUAUCAUUGCAAGCAAGCACACACAAAGGGCAAAAAGGGAGGCGUGGAAGUCGAAGGGGACCCCGAGGGGGCAUGAGAAGUAAGUCAAAGAAGAGGAACAGAAAAGCCUCCUCUUCUCAUGGGGCUGAUGGCCACCAUCUCCUGAUCCCACAUGAAGGCUUCAAAGGAAAGGAAAAGGAAGAGUGUCCAGACUGUGGGAAAAUAUUAAGUAAAUCAGCCUUAAAGAGACACAGUAGGAUCCACGCAGGGGAGAAACCGUACGAAUGCCUGGUGUGUGGAAAAGCCUUUGGCCGAAUGCAUCACCUUGCACGACAUCAAAGUAGCCACGCAGAGAAUAAACCGUAUAAAUGCACACAGUGUGGGAACAGCUUCAGUGAUCGGUGGGCCCUUAACAUACAUCAAAGAACUCACUCGGGGGAAAAACCGUAUAAAUGCAUAGAGUGCGGAAAGGGUUUCUGCAAUAGUAGUAACCUUAAUGUCCAUCAAAGAAUUCACACAAAAGAGAGACCAUAUAAAUGUUUUGAGUGUGGAAAAGGCUUCUGUGACAGUAGAACUCUCUUCACACAUGAAAGAACCCACACAGGAGAGAAGCCAUAUAAAUGCAUGGAAUGUGGGGAAAGCUUCGGCCGUAGUGGGACCUUGAGUAGACAUCAAAGAACCCACACAGGGGAGAAACCAUACAAAUGUGUGGUGUGUGGGAAAAGCUUCGGUCGUAUGUUCACCCUUACUAUACAUCAAAGAAUCCACAGAGGUGAAAAACCAAUUCUGUGUACGGAGUGUGGAAAAAGCUUCUGUCAAAAGCCUCACCUUUAUCAACAUAAAUGUAUUCCCAGAAGGCAGACACCACAGCAAUGAAUUUUAAUACUGUUGUUUUUAUGCUUUUUAUAUUUUUACAUUUCUUAUAUUUGUUUUUAAUGUUUACUGUUUUUAACUUUUGUAAACCGACCAGAGAGGUUCGGCUAUGGGGCGGUAUACAAAAAUACUAUAAAAUACAUAAAACUGAUUAAAAUCAUAUAAAAUAAAUAAAUAAUGUAUAGAUGCACCUUUUAAGUACAGGUGAAAAGGAAAACAUCAAUGCCAAAGCACAGGUUCAAGGUUGAGAACUUCCUCCCAAAGUAUGCAAAGCAGAAUUCCUGCUGCACCCAGCAAUUUUGCAAGAACUUCAAAUAUCAGCUUCCCUACUUACUUCUUUUGUAUUUUCUUUAUUCUUAAAAGAGAAGCCAUGGUUAGUUUUCAGUUCAGUUCCUUCCUGGGCUGCUCUGCUCCAUCACAUUUGACUCGAGCUGCCCUGCUCCAUUCUCCUCUGCUCAGCCUGGCUGUGGUUUGCAUGUCGCGUUCCUUCAUUCCCCCUUAGGUCUCCUCUCUCAGCUCUGUUUUAUUAUUUGGCCUUGGUUGAGCUUGGGAUGUAAAGGGAUGCAGCACGUCGUGUUCUUUCUCUAAGCUUCUACCUAAGAAAGCUUCAUAGCAUAUAAGGUUUGUUGGUGGGGAAAGGGGUGUGUCUAUAUUAAAAGGAAAUCACGUUGCUUACCCGGAACGUUUGUUCUUCCUGCUUUUUGGUGCAAUUGUUAUAGGCUGCAUUACAUGGGCGGAAGGGUUCACCACAUGGUUUGAAUUGGAUACUUCCCCUCUAAGCAUGCUCCAUUCACUUCCACUGUGACAGCGCCAUCUAGAGGUGGAAGUUCUCACUCUUUUCAGGAUGUUACUACUUGAACAGUGGUUCUUUUCAUGGCUGAAUUUGGAAGGGAGAUGUCGUGAGAUGUCCUGGCCGGAGAUGUCCUGGCCAUUUGUGAUGUCGUGUAAAAGACCUGCAAAUAUUCGUGAGUGGCCAGUCAUGAGAGUACAAUAAAUCACUUGUUUGUUUUUAAAUAAUAUUUUAUUGGCAGUAUACAUGAAAUACAAUGAAAAUGACCAAGAAAAUAUAUACACGUGCAAAGAGAGAAACAAAAGAAAAGCAAAAGUAGGAGAGAAAAAACCCAAAACCAUAUUCCGCAGUAAUUCAAACAACAAAUGGAGAUUUAGUACAAAACAUGAUCAUGAAAGAUAUAAGAAAAAUCUUAAGGGGAUCUAACACAUGCCAAUAUAA